UAUAUUUUGUAUUUAUGUUUUGUGAAUCCUUUCUUUCUAGGUAGACAAUGUUACUAGCUCAGAUAAAUCGAGACUCUCAGGGAAUGACUGAAUUUUCUGGAGGAGGAAUGGAGGCCCAACACGUGACUCUCUGUCUGACAGAAGCUGUAGCUGUGCAAGAUGGUGACAACCUAGAAAAUAUGGAAGGUGUAAGUUUGCAAGCAGUUACCCUUGCUGAUGGCUCCACGGCUUACAUACAGCACAAUUCUAAAGAUGGUAAAUUGAUGGAUGGCCAAGUGAUUCAACUAGAGGAUGGUUCUGCAGCUUACGUUCAACAUGUACCCAUGCCUAAAAGUAGGGACAGCUUGCGCCUGGAAGACGGACAGGCAGUUCAGCUGGAAGAUGGAACUACAGCAUUUAUUCAUCACACCUCCAAAGACAGUUACGACCAGAGUGCAUUACAAGCAGUCCAGCUGGAGGAUGGAACUACUGCCUACAUUCACCACGCAGUACAAAUGCCACAGUCAGAUACCAUUUUAGCCAUUCAAGCUGAUGGCACAGUGGCUGGUCUUCAUACAGGAGAUGCUGCCAUUGACCCAGAUACCAUCAGUGCUUUGGAGCAAUAUGCCGCUAAGGUCUCUAUUGAUGGAAAUGACAGUGUUAGCGGCACAGGAAUGAUAGGUGAAAAUGAACAAGAUAAAAAAAUGCAGAUUGUCUUGCAAGGACAUGGAACAAGAGUGACUGCAAAAUCUCAGCAGAGUGGAGAGAAAGCCUUUCGCUGUGAUUAUGAUGGCUGUGGAAAACUGUACACCACAGCUCACCAUCUUAAGGUACAUGAAAGGUCACACACAGGAGACAGACCGUACCAGUGUGAACAUCCUGGAUGUGGUAAAGCUUUUGCAACAGGGUAUGGGUUAAAAAGUCAUGUCCGAACACACACUGGUGAAAAGCCGUAUCGGUGCACAGAAGAAAAUUGCACCAAAUCAUUCAAGACUUCAGGAGACCUGCAGAAACACAUCCGAACUCAUACAGGUGAAAGGCCCUUUAAAUGUCCUUUUGAAGGAUGUGGCAGGUCGUUCACAACGUCUAAUAUUAGAAAGGUUCACAUCAGGACACAUACAGGCGAGAGACCUUAUUACUGUACAGAGCCAGGAUGUGGGAGAGCUUUUGCCAGUGCAACUAAUUAUAAGAAUCAUGUGAGAAUACACACAGGGGAAAAGCCCUAUGUCUGUACAGUUCCUGGUUGUGAUAAACGUUUCACAGAGUAUUCCAGUUUAUACAAACAUCAUGUUGUACAUACUCAUUCCAAACCAUAUAACUGUAAUCACUGUGGAAAAACAUACAAGCAGAUUUCUACACUUGCUAUGCACAAGCGGACAGCACAUAAUGACACAGAGCCAAUUGAAGAAGAACAAGAGGCUUUUUUUGAGCCACCUCCAGGUCAAGGUGAAGAUGUUCUCAAAGGCUCACAGAUAGCCUAUGUGACAGGCGUGGAGGGAGAAGAUGUAAUUUCUGCACAGGUUGCUACAGUUACACAGUCAGGAUUAGGUCAACAAGUAGCACUAAUUUCCCAGGAUGGAACCCAACAUGUCAACAUAUCUCAGGCAGAUAUGCAGGCCAUAGGAAAUACUAUCACUAUGGUAACACAAGAUGGCACCACGAUCACAGUCCCUGCCCAUGAUGCCGUCAUCUCUUCUGCGGGAACACAUUCUGUAGCAAUGGUUACUGCAGAAGGCACUGAAGGACAGCAGGUUGCUAUUGUGGCUCAAGACUUAGCAGCGUUUCAUAGUGCCUCAUCAGAAAUGGGACAUCAGCAACAUGGGCACCAUUUAGUGACUACAGAAACUAGGCCUGUUACAUUGUUGGCUACAUCCAAUGGAACACAAAUUGCAGUACAGCUUGGAGAACAACAGUCUCUGGAAGAAGCCAUUAGAAUAGCCUCCAGAAUACAACAGGGUGAAACACCAGGGAUUGAUGAUUAACUUCUAAAACUGCUACCAGAACAAUAGAGCGAAAGGUAUUUUAUUUUCAAUCAACAAAGGUCCAUGCCAGCAGAAAUCCAUAAAAACUUUGAAGUUCCCUGCUCAUUGAUACUGUGUACACAUUUUAUGCAAGAGCAAAGAACAUUUUGUAAGUUUUGUGUACAUAACCCUUGGAAUGGACUGACAUCACCUACUUCUAACCGUUGUAUGUUCAGGAAUAUGGAAUUAGGAUUAUAUAGUAAAUUUCCUUGUUAUCCUUCAUCAGAUUUCGGACUGGUCUACAAGCAAGUGAAAAGUGAAAUAAAAGUAUUGGAAUUAAUUUUUAAUGUCAUGUACAAAUAAUGAAGGCAUUGCUGAAGACUUGAAAUGUUUAAAAUAUUAUAACAAAACCAUCAUUUAAGGAACCCUUAAAAGUAAUAGAGAAGACAAAGCCUUUUCAAUUGGUUUCCAUAAAUAGAAAAGUCGUGGAUUUUGAGCCUACUGUAAAUCUUCAUAUUUUGAUUUGUUUCAUACAGAUUUGAAUACUCUUUAGAUUAUCCACCCCAUUUCAUUCAUUGUAAAUACAGAAUGUUAAUGCUGGAAGUGCUAAUUAUAUUAUCUUUAAAUUGGAUUAUGUACAAAGGAGAAACUUUGGUUGUUCAAUAUUAAAGGAAGUAAAUCUGAUGAUUUUGUUUCUUUACAUAUUUUACUUAAGAUGUUACUCUGAUUAUGCAAUAAAAUAUAACAAGAUUGUAUUGUCUAGGUAGGAUGAUAUUGUUUGACGUACUGUUUUACUUUUUAAUGAGACUGAAGUUAAAUUAUUUAUUUACGGCCUUGUAUAAUUUUUCCAAAGUUUAUUUAUCAUAAAUUUAAAUUUUUGACAUUCAUUUUUACCAUAAUUUACCAUUACUAAAGUAUAUUAAGCUAUUAGUGUUAUUAGUUAUUUUAAGCAUUCUAAAGCACUAAAAAAUAUUAAAAAGAAGUAAUUAGUCAACCAAUUUUGUCUAAAAAGUAAACUACCAGUUUUCAAGAGGAAUAUUUUCAAAUGGUGCGUUUGUGGCAUAAAUGCAAGUACUAAUAGUCUAUUUUCAACAGUUCUGAGUGCCUGCAGCUACCACUCACUACCUAGGAUAUGCUGAUAAUCAGUGCUUUUGAAAAUCAGGACAGAAGUUACUAGAAAAAAGGGAUUAAUUAAUGAUGAUGUAAGUACAAUGCUUCUCUCCAUUUAUAAUUCUGUAAAGGAAAAAAAAAAUCAAUUGUAGGUAAGUCUAAUGCAUACAGUAAAAUGUAACUUAUUUUUUUUAUACAAAAAAAGUCUUUACUCUUGUCUUGUUAGUAAGCUUGUUAAGCAAGCUAAAUUUUCUUGGCUUCCUGUAAGAUUCGGUGCUUACUUUAGAUGAGUGUCAAGAGCACUUCUGAAACUGAAGCCUUACCUUUAACCUUCUCAAGGGAAGGAUUAAAGGAUUAAACAUCUUCUGGAUGAAACGUUAAUUAAGUAAUCAUUUUUAAAUAUUGUGAGAUGUACACAUUUUACUUAAAAAAAUAUAUAUCGUAACUAUGUAUUUUGAGGUAUUUGACCUCAAAAAGGCCAAGUUCAAAUACAGUGAAGCUAAUUUAUUGUGAAUUACUUUAUCAAUAUGGGUUGCAGCCUUUUAUUUUUUUCAUACAGAUGGCCAACUGAAAAAUGCGGUGAAAGAACACAAUACUGAGGGAAGGAUGUGGCCAAAGCAGGCCAUUCUCUGGGUGUUAAAAAGUGAAACUUGAAAACAUUGAGGUUGUCUGCAACCUUUAUGUAGGUUUGAGGCUGCUUAUUGACUUAGGUGCCAGUUUUCCUGAAGUUUUAAAUAAUUUUUGAUAUCCCACGGAGAUAAACUGUACUAUGCAAAGAGAAUUAAUUACCUGUCAACUAGAUCAGCUUCUUAGUUUUUGCAACCAUUUAGAAAUUAAAGAUGUAUCAUUUGA